AUGGUGUUUCUCAAAGGAUACGUUAAAGGACCGUUUAAAACCACCACCACCACAACCACUGCCGCCAUUCACCACCACCGCCUCCAUUGCCUUCCACCACCGUCACUGUCAUCACCACCAUUGUUGCAGUCUUCAACCACUGCCACCGCUACCGCCACCACCUCUAUUGCCUUCUAUCGUCGCCACCUCCACUGCCACCACCACCACCGCCACCGUCACAUCCAUUGCCCUCCACCACCAUCAUUGCCACCACAUACCAUCACCAUUACCACCACCCAUUGUCACCGCCAUUACCACCACCGUAUUACACCAUCGCCACCUUCAACUACCACCACCUACACCACUGCCGCCUUCCACCACCACCACACCACUGCCGCCGCCGCUGCCUUCCACCAUCAUCACUACACCACUGACGCAUUCCACCACUACCACUGCCACCACCUUCCACCAACACAACUAUUGCCUUCCGCCGCCACCAUUGCCUUCUGCCACCACUACCGUUACCACCUCCCAACACCACCAUCUACACCAUUACUGUUUUCUACCUCUACCACCAACGUCACCGCCAUCUACCACCGCCGUCAUUUCUUUUAA